GAAAUACAAUUCGUUUUGUGCUAUUUAUAUAUUAAUUUAGUAUAGAAUUUAGUGUACAAAUAUGAAGAAAUGAAAAAGAAGGUGUAAUUAAUAUUAGAAUUACUACAGCCUCAAUUAACGAUGCCUGAGAACAAAUAAGCAAGUUAUCGGUUGAAUGAAUGUGAAAUAAUUGGUACCGUGAAGAAAAAUGAAAAUUAUGUUAACGAAUUCGUCAAUGUAUUGAGCGAAACGUCUAUCCCCAGACGCAGUAGCACUAUUACAAUUUGCACGAAAAUAAGAAGGUACGACUACUUCGCUAUUAAAAACAUUAACCGCCAACCUGAGUUUGAGUAUAUCAAAUGUUCGAUCAGCCGAAAACUAAAAACGAAGAUUUUUUGUCCGAGUAAAUUACAAGUGAGAAAUAUCGGACGUUAAAUAUCUGACGAGAUGAAGCUGUUUGCACGUCCUAAAUGCUUUUCCGAGAUUAUAGCACCGGUGACAACUGUCAAAUGUAUAGUGGGACUUCGCGCUUUCGAAUAUCCUCGUGGUAAUACGAGACCUAUACUCAGUCUGAUUUAUCUCGCGUUUAUUUACAUCACAUUUUGUUGUGGCAUAUUACGCAUGAACCAAAGAUACUAUGCGGGCCUUAAACUGAUGAAACUGGAAUAUGCUUUAUUGAAAUUAUUGAUGUAUAUCCAUCUAGUAUCUGUGAUAUUGAAAAUGCUACUAGGUUGGUGGCACACAAAGAAAUUUAAAGUUUGUCUCAAGAAGAUCUUUGAGAUCGAUGAAACGUUGCAACAGCUUGGACUGACGGUGAAUUAUGACAGAUUAUACUUCCUUAUGAUUGGAAUCAUAACUGUUUUGAUAACAUGCUUACAAAUGAAAUUUAAAUUGGUCAACCAACUCUUGCGCGAAAGCUUAACAGAUUUAUCCAAGAAAGAUAAGAAAUUAGGUAUCUUUGAAAUGAAAGAUUAUGAAAGGAUCAUGGAUGCCGAGCAACAAAAGCAAGUUCUUUCCACAAAGAUGAUAUUCCGAAGGCGUCAGCGGGUGCAGACCGGAAUUAAUUUUUCUAUAUUAAUGAAGCAAAAUUCGGUCGUAUUUCCAACUGAAUCUCAUUUUCCAUCUCAUGUCACAAAUCAUUUUCAAAGCGUACUCCAAAAUCAAUCUCGAAGACACAAUUCCACAAUAACAAAAUAUCAAAAACCUAAACAUCUUUUACAAGUAAUCAAGUGA